AUGACUACAUCAGGCAUGAACAUGUGCAAGGUCAUCUUCUACGAGGACAAGAACUUCCAGGGUCGCUCUUAUGAGUGUACAAGCGACUGUGCUGACAUGUCCCCCUACUUGAGUCGCUGUCACUCUUGCAGAGUUGAGAGUGGAUGCUUCAUGAUGUACGACCGUCCCAACUACAUGGGAAAUCAGUAUUUCUUUAGGAGGGGAGAAUAUGCUGAUUACAUGUCUAUGUUUGGAAUGAGCGACUGCAUCAGAUCUUGCCGUAUGAUCCCCAUGCACAGAGGAUCCUUCAGAAUGAGGAUCUAUGAGAGGGAGAACUUCAUGGGGCAGAUGUACGAGAUGAUGGAUGACUGUGACAGUACCAUGGACCGUUACCGUAUGCCUCACUGCCAGUCCUGCCAUGUGAUGGACGGCCACUGGCUCAUGUAUGAGCAGCCCCACUACAGAGGCAGGAUGUCAUACUUCAGGCCUGGAGAGUACAGGAGCUUCAGAGAUAUGGGUAGCAUGAGAUUCAUGAGCAUGAGGCGUAUCAGUGAUUCCUUCUAUUAAAAAAUAAAUUGCAUUAAUGUGAGAACAUUUGUUACUUGUCAAUAAAGUACUUUUAAACAGCUCUCUUAAAAC